CAUUGGCACAUCGCGGCACGGGCAGUCGCGCCGUCACAGGUACACGCUGCGGGAUGUGCACGUGCUGCCGGCCCAGUCCGCAUCUCAGCAGCCAGAAUAGGUCGUCAAGCGCAGCAACUCUCGACACGGCUCGUCUGCCGUGUAACAGUCGGUGUGGAAGGGGUGACAAGUCUGGAGACAUCGAAACGCAUUGUAUGCACUCUUUAAUCUGAGCAUAACACCCACAGCCAAUGUAGAGUCGGCGUGGUGAAAAUUUUCUGGGACAACAUCUACCUCGUGCAGUAGCUCGACGGAGUGUUUUCAUCCUCUCAUGCACUGCGUUCCGGUCCUGCAGCCUAUCUUUCAGUCACAUAACCAAGGCCGGACGAACAACGCCUCGUUAAUCGCGCCAACGUUAUGAUCGGGCUUCUUCAGACAUAGGAGCCUGCGGGUGAGGGAACUACACAUGGCGGUGUAAGAAAAUAACACUGCACGAAUGCUGGCCAACUCUCACCAUGGCGAACCAUCCACGACUCGACGCCGAAAACGUGUUGUUUGGCAGUUCAGCUCAACUGGUCCAGCGAAACGUCUGCACGUCCAAUGUCUCAUCAAUGCCUCACUCAGCGCUUCGCACCGACACCUUCCUCUUUUCCUGGCUGAUGAGCGUCCACGAGGAAGGCGCGGCGCCUCCGAACGAUGGAUGGAUGGUUCCUGCAUCGAUUGUGGCGCUGUGAUUGGCCACAUUCGUGUCUGAACAACCAUGUCGCUUAGAGCUUGGAAGCUUGCCGCCGCGCAACACAUCACCUGCGACACCACAAAAAUGGACGGAAUCAGCUGUGUACUUCUGGACAUUGAAGGGACUGUUUGCCCCAUCUCAUUCGUCCAUGCUACGUUGUUUCCCUACGCCCUCAAGGCGUUGCCAGCUGUCCUCAGCAGAAAAUGGGACGACGUAACGUUCGUGCCUUAUCGUGACGCGUUUCCAGAAGAGCAUCGCAAAUCGCCAGAAGCUCUUCAAGCGCACGUGGAGGAUCUCACGAAGCGCGAUGUUAAGGUUGCCUAUUUGAAAAAUCUUCAAGGCUACCUAUGGCAAGAUGGCUAUCGGACUGGUGCCUAUGCAACAACCCUCUUCGAAGAUGUGGUUCCCCAACUUCGGCAAUGGAAGGACGACGGCUUAUCUCUCGCCAUCUACUCCUCAGGCAGCGUCUUUGCCCAGAAGUUGCUGUUCGGCCACGUGCAAACAACUGAGACAACGCCCGCAACGGGAACGAAGCGUGCGAGGCCGAUAGGGGAUACCGAAGUUCAAGCGUCCGAUGCGGGUAAGCCCCCGACCAAGAAGCAGCUCGUUGAGACAAGCGGUGAUGAUGAUUCUGAUGUCACAUCCGGAGCGGGCUCUCAAUCUGUUGCAACUACUCCUGCGACCAGUGGUGAUGCUGGCAAAGCACCUGACGAUGCCGGAAAGGGCUCUGCCAAUGAUGAACAGCCACCUGGAACUGAGGACUUGACCGCUCUGUUCGACGGCUGGUUUGAUACGACCAACGCUGGCAUGAAAACUGAGUCGGCGAGUUAUGCAACCAUAGCUCGGGAACUUGAGUGGAAACCUGAGCAGAUACUGUUCCUGAGUGACAACGUCAAGGAGAUCGAUGCUGCUCGUGAGGCUAAAAUGCAAGCCGUGCUGGUGCAAAGACCGGGCAAUGCUGAGAUUGCGUUCGCAGAUCGAAGCAGACUGCAAAUUGUCGAAUCUCUGAGCGAGGUCUACAUCAACAAAGGCACAGGCACGGAGGUAGGCAAGGAGUGAUUGAAUCGUCAUAAUUCGUGCGAGAUGAACACGUUGCAGUGCAAUUCGUACGGAGUUCUCCAUCACUUCAUCUCUGCUCCAAGCACGUGAUGCUUCACACAAGCAACCACCCGAACAUCACAAACCGAGUUCGAUUAA